AUGUUGUAUGAUGAUGAAGAAGGCACGAAGCUCUUCAAUGUGCUCAAAGAUUUUGAUGACUAUCCUAACAUUUUACAACCAGGGUACUCAGUAUGUUUAGCAUUAAUAGAGAGCUUCCUAAAACCAUAUCGUCGGCUCAGUAAUACAAAGCUGCGCCAACGAUUGUUAGACUCUAUUAACUUUGAGCUAAGAGCUAUAAUACCUGAAGCCGACUUAUCGGAGGGGAGUGCUUUGGGAUUUUUAGGUAUAAAAGAAGCACCAGAACGAAGGCCGCCAGUGGUAUCAGGCAACUACAAUACAGUCCCAUUCUCAAGGAAAAAACAAAAGAAAUUUAGACACAAACUACAAAAGCUGAAGUCGAAACCAAAACAUCAGACAAAUAAACGAAAACACACAAAAUUCCGGCCAGAUUACAGCAAUGAAAACAUUUUUAGACGUAGAUUAAGUUAUACACCUGAAACUCAGUACAAUUAUCCAUUGUUAAGAAAUAUGAAGCCGAUCACAAGUAUACAGAGACGGUACAAAAUUAUUACUCCGACACAUCGACACAUGUUAAGGCACAGGUCUACACGUAGUUAUAUAGUAAACCUAAUCAGUAGACCCACCAAGGAGCUCACAACUAAACUAAAUAAAGCUAAGAAUCAAGCGAAUACUAGAUUCCCUUUCCUCCAUGGACAGUACGAUUUCGAACGCAUUUGAGGCACAGAAGAAAUAAAACGUAUUAAAUUUAUAUAAUCAUAUGAGGGAUGGAAUCAAGCAGAUAGCAGCUGCAAGAAAGACUGAAAGACUUAAGACGAUUCGCAAUUA